AGUCGUUUGAGAUGGUAGAAGAUGGGAAGUUCCAAUUUGAGAAGUUUGAUGGUACAGAUUUCGGUUGGUGGAGAAUGCAAAUUAAAGAUUUGUUGGUUCAGAAAGAUUUGGAUGUGGUAUUGGGUGACAAGCAAGAAAAGAUGUCGGAUGAAGAUUGGGCAUGUUUGGAUCGAAAAAGCUAUGUCCGUGAUCCGUCUCUCGUUGAUCAAGAAUGUUGCAUUUAAGAUUCUGAAGGAGAAGUCAGCAAAGGGAAUUAUGGAAGCGUUGUCUAACAUGUACGAGAAGCCAUCUGCAGCGAACAAAGUUUUUCUGAUCAAAGAGCUGGUGAACACAAAGAUGAAAGAAGACAUUUCAAUUACCGAGCAUAUCAAUAAGCUGAAUUCGAUCUUAACUAGACUUGCAUUAGUGAAGAUUAAGUUUGAUGAUGAAGUUCAAGCUUUGCUACUGCUAUCGUCAUUGCCUGAUAGUUGGUCUGGAAUGGUUACAACGGUUAUCGCGGUGAAGCAAUGCAAAAUAUGGUUAUUGGAGACUUUGGAAAGAAAUAAGAGAGGUUCGCAGUAUAUGGUCGAGUUACCAUCUGAGGGAGUGACCGUCCCAGUUCAGAAGAGAAACAAAUCCCGGUUCACAAAGUCUCGUGGGCAGAAUAAGGUUUUCUAUGCAAGAGAGAAACCCAAAACUACAAGUCAGACUCAAGAUGAACGAGCGAGGAAAGGUUCAAGGGGGCUAGUCAGAGGUAUUUGUGGCAGUGGGAGCUCAAGAGGCGCUUCAGCCAAGUUUCCUAGAAGACGGUGGGUCAGGAGAACCAGUAUUCCAGCUGUUGGAACAUAUCCAGAAAAAUCCUUGCUGAGUAUGGAGAGUGUUUGUUCUGAAGAUGUUCUAGGAUCCGGCAGUGUACGUCUGCAGUGGGAUCCGAAUGAGGCCUUGACAAAGGAAAACUCAAAGCUAGCGAAGGAAUUGAAUUAUGCUCAUGAGAAGAUUGAAGUAGUGGGGUCUCGUUCAAGGAAGGCGACCAGGGAGACGACGUUCACCUUAACGUACAGAUUUGAAGCAAUGGUUUUAGCAAAAACUUCACAGAUGAGCUACAGGGUAGAGACCUUCGACAUAGAGGAGAACGAAAGGAACUUAGCGGCCGAUCUCCACCUGAUCGACGAGCAAAGAGAAAGGGCUUACAUUCGAGCUGAGAAUUACCGUCGCAGAGAGAAGGUGGUGAAGAUGCUGAGAAUAGGCGUACGGAAUUUGGUAUCUCUGUGGAAGAGCCCAAACUCCUUUCUCGGUGUCAUAUCGCCGCCGGCGUCCAAUCCUCGAAUCGUGGUUGAGACUGUCCGGCCGCUUACUUUCCGAUGCUUCUCCGCGAAGCCGUUCGCAUCGUCGCCGGCGUCCAAUCCUCGAAUUAUGGCUCCCAGCACGGCAGCCGGACUCGUCGAGGAUCUUCUGUUUGAUGAUGACGUCUGUACUGUUCCUAAGACCGAUACGAUUCCGACUCCCCUGCAACCUGGCGUCGUCGUUUAUGACGGCGUCUGUCAUCUCUGUCAUAAAGGGGUAAAAUGGGUUAUUAAAGUAGACAAGGAUAGAAAGAUUAAGUUCUGUUGCCUUCAAUCAAAAGCUGCUGAACCAUACAUGAGCUUAUGUGGAGUUGAUAGAAAUGAUGUUGAACGUCGUUUCUUGUUCAUUGAAGGCCCAGGUCUAUACCAUCAAGGCUCAACUGCUGCACUGAAGGUUUUGUAUCACCUGCCAUUUCCAUACUCCGUACUAAGUGCAUUCAUGGUUAGCCCCAAACCUCUAAGGGAUGCUGUCUAUGACUAUGUUGCAAAGAGGCACUACCACUGGUUUGGGAAAGAUAACGAUUGCUUGGUUCUUCAAGAGAAAGAGUUGCUAGACCGUUUCAUUGAUGCAGAAGAAUUGCUGAGACGAAAUCAAUCUGCUCUGUGAAUAGCUCUUCUUGAUCGAGUUCACGAGGUUUCUGUUGUUAUCCGUUGCUUUUCAUUGGUUCGCUCACAUUUUUAUCCUUCAUAAUUAAUAGCAUUAGGAAGCAUUAAAUUGUUGCAUGCAUUCUUGUAGAUUUUAACCCACCGCGAUAUAUAUAUGGGAGUAAAUCUGUAAUGAAAGGAUUAAGAGAGU